AUGCAUUAUAAAAAAACAUCUAAUGGAGAUUAAUUUACAUUUCUAAAUAAUCGGGUUAAUGAAUUAAUGACUUAAGUGGAAAAUCUAGAGUAGAUUAUACAAUAAUAAAAGAAAGAAAUAAGUUAUUUGGUGAAGACUCCAUUAAAUGAUGAAAAUAAUUAUCUAAAGGAAAAAAUUAAACUCUUAGAAAAAGAGAAUGCAACAUAAGUAGAUUAUUAUGAAGAGAUUAUACUCUAAAAUUAAAUACGAAAUCAAGAAUAUGCAACCAAAAUAAAAGAAGACCAAAAAACAUUCUAAUUAUAAAUAAACUAAUUAGAGAUGAAAAUCCAAAUUAUAUUAGAACACAAUGAUUAACUUUAGGAAUAAAUUAACUAGAGAGAUGCUAUUAAUUUAAAAUAACAAUUUUAGGAACUGAUGAAAGAUCAUAAUUAAAUUUAGUAAAAUUUUGAAAAUUUAAACAAGGAAAUUCAUCAGCUUAAAUAAGAGAAAGAAAUAUAAGAUUCUGAGUUGUGGCAAUUAAAAAAUUAGAAUGCAUAAUUAAAAACUUAAUUUAUUUAUCAAUAAGAAUAAUCUAAUUAAAAAGAUCUAGAAUGCAGUUAAUUAGUAAAUGAACUGAGUUACUUAUAAAAUUAAUUGCAUACAUAGAUAUAAUAAAAUAAAGAUUUGAAAAAAUAUAAUGAUGAUAAAAGUAUCAUGAUUGAAUAAUUGACGAAAUAGCUUAUGGAAUUAAAUUAGUUUUUAAUCGAUCAUAAAUUGAUAUCCUAAUAACAUUGA